CAAGAAGGAGCACUCAAGGGAUUUUCCUAUCGUUCCAGUCCAUUUGAAUCUGAAUCUGACGCACCUUAUUCGCAGCCUCACCUAACCACCAAGACCAGUCCCAAUCUAUAGUACUCCGCCGCUCUCGCGUUUCUCGUCGCACUGCCGCAGCAGCAUGUCCGAUCAUGAAUCAGAAGAAGAGACGACUAUUCUGGACGAUGUUGUGGUUAACAAAUACAAAAUGGCAGCUGAUAUUACAAAUGGUGUUCUCGCGGAAUUGAUGAAAUUAUGUGUACCUGGGGCCAAGAUCGUUGAACUAUGUCAAUUUGGCGACGAAAGAAUCCAACAGGAGGCGGCGAAACUCUUCAAACGUGAGAAAACCAUGAAAAAAGGCUUGGCAUUUCCUACGUCCAUUAGCGUGAACAACAUCAUUUGCCACUAUUCUCCCAUCGCCGGUGAAGAUAACGAAAUCAUAGAGCUCAAGGAUGAAGACCUGGUUAAAAUCGACUUAGGCGCUCACAUUGAUGGCUUUGCUGCUGUUGCCGGCCACACCUUUGUCAUCGGUUCCUCACAGGACCGGAAAGUCACCGGGAGGAAAGCGGAUGCUAUACAAGCAGCCUACACUGCCUCCGAGGUUGCCGUACGAUUGAUACGUCCCAACAAUGAGAACACGAAACUCUCGGAGCUAAUCACCAAAGCGGUUCUUGAUUUUAAUUGUCAUGCUGUCGAAGGAGUGCAGUCUCACCAAAUGCGUCGGUUGGUUUACGAUGCUGAGAAGACAAUUGUCUUACACCCCUCCGAAGAUCAAAAGAAAGCAAUUGAAAAGAUAACUUUCGAGACCAACGAAGUCUGGGACGUUGACAUAUCAGUGUCUACUGGCAGUGGGAAGCCACGGGAACAUAAAGCUCGCACAACUAUAUACAAGAAAAACGAGACUUUAUAUCAGUUGAAGAUGAAGGCUUCGAGACAGCUGCAUAGUGAGAUUGCUAGCAAGUUUCUGGAUUAUCCGUUUAAUAUCAGGUAGGUCUUGAGCUUCUCUUGACCGCUGCAGAGCUCUCGAUGAUCUCAAAAAGGCCCGUUUGGGGAUAACCGAGUGCGCAAAACAUGACGUCCUUCAGGCUCUUCCGGUGCUGUGUGAAAAAGAUGAUGAACUGGUGGCGCAAUUCCGUUUCACCGUAUUGCUGAUGCCUAAUGGCCCCAUGCGCAUCACAGGCCUACCCUUUGAUUCCUCUUUAUACAAGUCCGAGUUCAAACCCCGUGACCCCGAGGUUAAAGAAAUUUUACUCCAGCCCAUCAAAAAUCAGGGCAAGAAAAAGAAAACAGCCAAGUCUGCUGCCCCAAACCCUAGUGACAGAAACGGGCAGUGAAAUUAUGUAUCCAUUUGUACCGUCAGAUGUAUGUUUUCUUAACUACCUGUUCAAUACAGUGGUGUCGUAUUCGGUUA